AUGUCCAAGGAGAAUCUCUACAGGCUUGGCGAGACUUUUGCAAAGAUGCGCGAUAUGUAUCGUGUCAUCGAUUCCCGCACCGCUUCCUCGGGGGGCUUCCGUACGGAUAUGCGGAGCUACGCUGAGACCCUGGAGCUCGCCAUUCACGACAUUCGCGAGGCCCAGACCUUGCUCAAUCCGCUCAAUGAGACGGGCGCCUCGGUUCCGCAUUCGCAUCUCGAGCUUGCACGAGACCUGCUCAAGCAGACGAUUACAACGAUGCGCUCGUCAAUGGACCCGGAUCGCGUGCUUCGUGUGCAUGACCGCAUGGCCAUUUAUGACGACAUGACCAACUUUGUCGCUGAGCAACGCCUCAAGCCAAGAGGAAGCUCGGCGGCAUCUGGCUCUUCACUGCCGGGUCUAGAGGGGCCGGGGGCAGACGCGGUGGGUGGACCGGGUGAGGGCAUCAAGAAUGAUGCAAAGAGAAGUUUAAGCGAUUUAAGUGGCGAGGAGGAACCUUCGCCCUUUGAGUCUGACGACCAGUCGCCGAAAAAGCAGGCUACGUCAAGGAAACGUCUCAGUAUGUCCAACUCGAGCGAAGUGACAUGGCGUGGGCAAGCCAUGUUUAAGGGCAAUGGGAAGAGGAUCACGCGGGAUGGGCCGCAUCUCGUUAUUACCGACAGUGGCUUACCACCAUCGCCGGCGAUAUCGCCACGCGUGAAGCCGGCGAGACGGCGAACGGUUAUGCACAGCGACAGCCUGGCGGGGCGGUUGGCUACUGCAGAACAGUCGCAAAACACGACGACAACCAGAGCGCGGGCUACCCGAGCGAGAAAGACAAGAGCGACAACUACAGUUUCUGCGAAGAAACGGAAACCAACCUCGCGAAAGCUGGCAAGUCCCACCGCUGGUGAAACUGCAUAGGCCAGACGGAGCUGGACCUUCCGCCUUUGACGGGUCCAACGCACAAAAGCGCUAUUGCACACAAGUGAAAGGAACAAACCUCCUACAAGUCCUGUCGUCUGGAGCUUCUUGUGACAGAUAGAGAUGAGGUAGUCUCUAUGAUGCUCGUAGGGCAUGACUACCACUGAACGUCGUGUUCACUGUGUGGUGAAGUUGGCAUUUUUAUUAUUAUUCUCUGACUCAGUCUUUGCCCUACAUGUUCGUUCAACUGGCCGCAACGUUUUAUAACCUUCUUCUGGAAAGUGGUUUGCCGCAAAUGGGGGCUUGAUUACUGGGGCGGCCCCCUCUCUAAUUGUUACACGAUAAAUAGGCUCAAGAAGGCGGUCCCGACAUGAAAAUUAAACGAAUAGUUCUAUGUUCUCA